AUGCCCUUCUUCGGGUUUUGCAGGGAGCCGAUCCUUUGUACCGCUAGGCCGUCCAGCCCCACACUUGAGCGGCGAACAGGGGAGGCAGCAGACGUUGCAGCUUCGAAAAAAGGAGUUGCAGAGCUGUCGACAGCCACAGCGACAGCCUCUGCCGCGGGAGGGGGGCCCCCUUUGCUCCUCCGCAGCAGCAACCCUCCGCCCCUAGCCGCGGAAGGUUCGGCCGAAGGAGCAGCGCAAUUCAAGGCAUCGCAUGGAGCAGCGCGCGAGGCUGCAGCUGCGGCAGUCGAACGCUUUUCGACAGCAGGAGAGGCCGCAGUAGACAAAGCGGUGGCAGCCGCUGCUCAAGCUGUUGGCCUCGCUCCCGCAGCACCAACCGAGCUAAAGGGAAAGUAUAUAGCGCUCUUCUUUGGUGCUUCGUGGUGCCCCCACUGCCUCACGUUUGCUGCUCAGAUGCGCCGCGUGUAUACACAGUUGCGCCAACAGCAACAAAACGAGGGGCAGCCGCAUCUCUUCGAGGCAGUAUACGUUCCGUGUGAUCGUUCCCCCGCAGAUUUCGCCGCUUUCGCGUGCACGAUGCCUUGGCUCUCUCUACCCUACGGCAACCAUGGCGCUCUUAUUCGGCGUUUCGGAGUUCGCUCUUUGCCAACUGUUGUCCUCUUUACUCCAGAUGACCAGGUUCUGACAUCGAACGCCGUGCCUAUCAUCAAUGACCUUCAUGCAGCACAAAAGCUCACCAGUCUCUUCCAGAGACUCGGACCAUUCGACAGCGACGCGAACAGAUACGAACGCCUUUUCAAGUAG